UGAUACAGUGACGUCAGCACAAGGCCUCGCUGCUGUUGCUGCCGCAAAGUAGACACCACCUACAGCAAAAGCGGAAAGAACCCAUAUUUGUUGUUACAGAACUGGGGAAUUAGUAAAUAGUCUGCCGCUGAUGGGGCGUGAGAACGGAAUGUCUGCAAUAGCUGUUGCUUACUAAACUGAGCAAAACGGCGGCUCGUGGGGGCCAAGUGCAAACGGACUGCCCAGGGGAUGGGCUGCGGGUCUCCGUGAGCCCUCGGGGCAAUAUCAAAGGGGAGUGCGGAGUGGGAGCUCAGGCUGUGCACGUUUCUGCGUCCCCUACAUCCUCCCUAGUCUUAUCAGGCUUGGACUGCUGGUGGAGGAUGUCAGGCCGCCGUUGCGCCAUGGCUACGGGAUCGGCUGUUGGAGAUGUGAUCGCCUGUGGGGAACCUGCCCGGGAGCUGUUUGAGGCCUGCCGGAACGGUGACGUGGAGAGAGUUAGAAAGCUUGUGAGCACCGAGAAUGUAAACAGCAGAGACACCGCAGGCAGGAAAUCCACUCCGCUCCACUUCGCCGCAGGAUUUGGUCGGAAGGAUGUCGUGGAAUAUUUGUUGCAGAGUGGUGCAAAUGUCCAUGCUCGUGAUGAUGGCGGUCUCAUUCCUUUACACAAUGCCUGCUCAUUUGGUCAUGCUGAAGUGGUUAAUCUUCUGUUGAGGCAUGGAGCCGACCCAAAUGCACGUGAUAAUUGGAACUAUACUCCUCUCCAUGAAGCUGCCAUCAAAGGGAAAAUAGAUGUGUGCAUAGUUCUCCUUCAACAUGGCGCUGAUCCAACCAUCCGAAACACAGAUAACAGGACAGCUUUGGAUUUAUCAGACCCAUCAGCAAAAGCAGUGCUUACAGGUGAAUAUAAGAAAGAUGAACUCUUGGAAAGUGCUAGAAGUGGAAAUGAGGAGAAAAUGAUGGCUUUGCUAACACCCCUAAAUGUUAACUCUCAUGCAAGUGAUGGAAGAAAGUCAACACCCCUUCAUUUGGCUGCAGGUUAUAACAGAGUGAAAAUUGUCCAAUUGUUACUUCAGCAUGGGGCAGAUGUUCAAGCUAAGGAUAAAGGUGAUUUGGUGCCACUUCACAAUGCUUGCUCAUAUGGCCAUUAUGAAGUAACAGAACUUCUUGUGAAGGUUUUUUCUUUUAAUAUGUAA